AUGUCUUCCUGUUCCAAAGGAAAUGUCCAGUCCCAUCCAGCUGAAGAAUCCAUCUCCUCCGAAGACACCCAAAGCACCUCCCGUCUGCCAGCAGCCUUAGACAGCCACAAUUACGCUAAGAGUCCCAUUUUUGAGGGCAAACCCAUAGAGGAGAAGGAGACAGAAAAUAACACUGUUGACCAUGGCAUGCAGUCCUCCUCUGAUAACUCCCACCAUUCAUCUUCUGGAAAGGAGAUGACAAGACUGUCAGCAGAAAAUCUCCAGCGUCACCAGCUCCACACUGUCAAAGACAGUAAUGUGAAAAUUCACAUUACGGUCACAGAUGAUAGAGAAGGAGAAGUGACCCUGCCGAAAACCGUCUCUUCAACUGACGUCACAAAACCCUUAAAAAUCGAAACUCGCUUUGGUGGUUCAUCCGGUCCCAGCAGUGAGAGCACAGAUACUGCCUCGGAAUCUGGCAGUGGGUUUAAUUCUCCGAACAGCAUGCAUGUGACAUCCACCCAAAACAGUCCGCAGAUGCUGCAGGAGAAGGAGGCCGGUGCUGGUCACCUGGCCAAUAAAUCAUUUGAAAGUCUGCAUGACAAGGUCAUCUCUGAACCUUGUACAAUAAAAGAAGAGAAAAUGGACUGUGACAUCCGCCCCUACAAAGAGCCACAUGUUCGUGGAGAAGAAGGACCUGUACGCACAGCACCCAUGGGGAGUCAUGGCCAUGGAAGGUCAAAAUUUAGCACUCGUCAAGCUUUCACUCCUAAGGACCUCUAUGACUUACUGAAGAAUGUCGAUAAAGAAAUUACAACCUGUGAGAAUAAUCUAAAAGAUGAAGUGGACAAGAGGAACAAAUACAAGAUUGAUGACUGUCGACGGACCCACAGUUACGACCAGUUUAUCUGUACUUUCCUGUCCAUGCUGGCUCAAGAAGGACAUCUUGCAGAACUUGUAGAACAGCACAUGCUGACCACAAAGCGACAGGGGGUCAGCGUCGGACGGCUGAGUAAGCUGCCAGCCACCACUCCAGACAGACGCAAACGAGCCAGAACAAAGCGCAGAAGAUGA